GGUUGUUAUGGGUGUUUUGGGGGUGAGGACGGUGGAGAUUAUGGUUGAGGGUGGGGCGGAGGGGAUGGUGAGGCCGGUGUUGGGUGUGAUACCACAGGGUGUGGCGGAUGUGAAGGUUGUGAUGUGUGAUGGCGGGGAUGUAGAUUGGCCGGGGUUGGUGUGCCGGACCGAAAGUGCGGAUAAAGGCCCGAGUGCGAUACAGAACCUUCGGAAACAGGUUCUGAAACCCCUGGUGAGGAACGGGAAGGGAUACGAUCCGGCGUUUCUGCGACGGGCAUGUGCUGCUGCGAUGCCCACCCAACCCGUGUCGGAUCCGAUGACCACGACGUCGGCUCGGAGAAUCCACCUGCGUAUCACCCCGUCAGCAUCUACCCUACCAUCGGCACCUCCCCCAGGACUUACAGCCCUCCUGCCGCACCUAACUUCCCUCCACCUCACCCACCACGCCCUCCCCGCACAUUCAACCCGCUCCCUCGCCCUCGCCCUCCCACACGCAACGCACCUCACAUGUCUCGCUCUCCCACAUUGCAACCUCGGCCCAGCGGGUAUCGCGUGCAUCGUCGCCGCUCUCGGGAAAAUGAGUGCACCUCUCACGACGUUGGAUAUAUCAUACAACAUCUCCGAGGGUGCGGACCCGAAGGUGGACAUGGACGAGACAGGGGGCGUCGCGUACGUAGAGCCCGUCACCGCCGCCCGGCUCCUAUCAACCCACAUCCGGCACCACGGCCUGAAAGAGCUCAAACUCGCCGGCAACGCGUUCACGACGCCCGGGUGGGUCGCUAUCCUCGACGCAGUAGGCUCCACACGUCGGUCCUCAUCCUCCCCGCACCCCACUCCCCAUGUUCCAACAACGGUGUUGGAUAUCGGCGGCAUGCAUCUCGGCGGGGUUGUGGGCGCCCUCAAAGCGUGCGUGGGAGACGGCGACGGGGAGUCCCCGAUGGAGCUGGAUUUGACCCGGACCUGGGUCCUCCCGCGGACACUUGCGGCCCUCCUGUCCCCGAGCUCGGUCCUCACACAUCUCACAUCGCUGACCCUCGACGCCGCGCCCUCCUCGCCCACCCUCCACGACGCCGGUUUUGCCAUCCUGCUCAACGCGCUCCUCGCGCAAUCACAAUCACAUACGGACAGCAACGCAGCACCCCUCCGACAUGUCUCGGCUGCUCACCAGGCCAUCACGUCCGCCAGCGCACCCCUCCUCCGCUCCGCCAUAGGGACCAGCAGGGUCGCGCGCUGGAGACUAUGUCAUAAUCAAAUCGACGACAGUGGUGUCCGUGCACUCCUGUCUGACAAUCAUACGUGUGAGUCUGGGACGGCGGUGGUGGUGGUGGUGGUGGAUUUAACCGGGAAUGAUGUGAGUGGUGAGUGUGGGCGGUGGUGUGAGGACAGGACGGGUGGAAGGGGGGGCGGGGUGUGGGUUGUUGGGGUUGGGAGGGCGAGGCGGGGGUGAGAGCGAG